CUUUCUCUUAUCUCUCUUCAAAAUCCAACUCACAACGAAGAAGAUACUCUCUCUUUCUCUCUGUUUGGAUUCAAAGAAAAAAAAAGAGCUUUAUUUUUUUUUCCUCUUCUAUUUUUUUGGUGGGUUUUUUUUUUGUUUGGCUUCGUUAAAACCCUAGGUUCCUCCCCAUUAUACGAAGGGGGAAGAGCUAAGCUUUGCGGGUUUCGGCAUUUAAAUUAUGGAUUUAGAAGAUAAAUACCUUGCUAAAGAAUUUUAAAUUGCCCUUUAAACAAGAUACAGUAAUGACAUCGGUGGAUGAAUCAAACCAACCACAGACACAUUGGUGAUUGCUGGAGUAAGAAGGGUGGGUAUAGAUUUGGCUACAUUUAGGUUCUUGCCACGUUGAGUUGGAGGAUUUUCUUCCUGUUUCUGGCAUACAAAGUCUUUCUUCCAGUGUGCAAAGUACUCCAGAGAAACAUGGCCAUUCAGAUGAUGCUUCGAGAAGUCCAGAACUCCUGCAAGAAUUCCUGAAGUCUGGUCCAAGAAAGGAGCUUCUUCGAACCUGUUUUCAUAAAGAGAAGAAAAGUUCAGCUUCUUCAAAGAGCAAAAUGUCUGAAGUUGUAAAGUCGGGUAACAAGAUCAUCAAAAAGCCUGACUUGAGAAAGGUUUCAUCCACUGCCAACAGUCAGUCUUCUGCUAGGAAGCAAAACAGAAAGGGGGAGAACCCAAUAAGGGUGCUCCCAGCUACUGAGCAGUCUUCAGACCAUGGAUUUUCUAGCUCAUGGAUAUGUAAAAAUUCUGCUUGCAGAGCUAUUCUUUCCAUAGAUGACACAUUUUGUAAGAGAUGCUCCUGUUGUAUCUGUCACUUAUUUGAUGACAACAAGGACCCAAGUCUUUGGUUGGUAUGUUCCUCUGAAUCUGGUGAGGGAGAUUAUUGUGGGUUGUCAUGCCAUAUUGAAUGUGCUCUUCAACGUGAGAAGGUGGGGGUUGUUGAUCUUGGACAAUUGAUGCAACUAGAUGGUAGCUAUUGUUGUGCUUCUUGUGGUAAAGUUUCAGGUAUACUCGGAUCUUGGAAGAAGCAGCUAAUGAUAGCUAGGGAAGCUCGCCGCCUGGAUGUACUUUGUUAUAGGAUAUACUUGAGUUACAGGCUCCUAGAUAAGACUUCUCGCUUUACAGAACUGCAUGAGUUUGUGAAAGAUGCAAAGGCCAAACUAGAAACAGAAGUGGGCCCUGUAAAUGGAGUUUCUGCUAAAAUGGCUCGGGGAAUAGUAAGCCGGCUUUCUGUUGCCGGUGACAUACAGAAACUAUGCUCACUUGCAAUUGAAAAAGCAAAUGAAUGGCUGGUGACCAUGUCUAAUACUAACCCAAAGUGCCAAGAUUCACGUCCUGCUGCUUGCAGGUUUCUAUUUGAAGAAGUGACAUCGUCAUCUGUUGUAAUUAUUCUAAUUGAGCUGUCUACUGCAUCAUCUGAUGAUAUUAAGGGCUAUAAGCUCUGGUAUUUCAAGAGUAGAGAUGAGACACAUACAAAAGAACCUAGUUCCAUCUUUCCAAGAACUCAGAGAAGGAUUUUGAUAUCUAAUUUGCAGCCCUGUACUGAGUACACAUUUCGAAUUGUUUCUUACACUGAGGCGGGUGAUUUGGGCCAUUCUGAGGCUAAAUGUUUCACCAAGAGUGUAGAGAUAAUUCACAAGAAUCCUACUUCAGCAGCUGUGAUGUGUCAGAAGAAUGUGAAUCACCUUACUGAAGGAAGUUCGAAGGAGCUCACAGCAGUUGGUUCUUCUGGAUUUAAAGUUCGAGACCUUGGGAAAAUCCUGCGUCUUGCUUUAGCUCAAGAGCAAGGCUGCUUUGAAGGAUUUUGCAGUGCUGAUAUAGAAAAAUGCUGUGGAGCAAUAAAAAAUAUUAAGCCUGAAACUCGAGAAGAGGAUCAUAUGCCAUCUGUUUCACGUGGACUUGACUUAAAUGUUGUCUCAGUACCUGAUCUAAAUGAAGAACUAACUCCUCCAUUUGAAUCCUCGAGGGAUGAAGAUAAUGGUUGCACUUUAGAGCUGGCUGUGGAGGCGGAUGACGAUGCUGCUUCGCUUGAAAUAGAGAAGAACAGGCUAGCAAGAUCACAUGGUAGUGGAGAUUCCCAGACCUGGACUAAUGGGGCGACAGGGGAAGUGCCUGCUGUGGAUUCUCAUACCGAGUUGUGCAGGAAAAGAGCAGCAAACUCAAAUGAAGAGACACAUGACUGUGAUAGUACUCUUAUAAAUGGCUCGCCAUUCCGAAUCACCAAUGAUUCAGGUUCCUUGGAUGAGAAUUUCGAGUACUGUGUUAAGGUAAUCAGAUCACUAGAAUGCGAGGGUCAUAUCAACCAGGAAUUCAGACUGAAAUUACUAACAUGGUUUAGCUUGAGGUCAACAGAGCAAGAACGCAGGGUGGUCAACACAUUCAUUCAAACACUGAUCGAUGAUCCAAGUAGCUUGGCAGGGCAGUUAGUUGACUCAUUUUCAGAUAUCAUAUCUAGCAAGAGGCCUCGAAAUGGAUUUUGUAGUAAGCUAUGGCACUAAAUUAGUGCAUGCCAUUCUAAAACAAGAAUGUCAAUUUGCUUCAUGAUUAUUCUUUUCUCUUGCGAUACACUUUCCCCCUGAUUGUUUCACCAACCUUUUACAGGCAUUUUUCAGUUUUACCUAAUCACUUUCUGAAGGUGGGUCUUUGUAUUUGGUUCCACAGGGGCCUUGCCCUUGGGGUACGUACGUCAGAUUUCAUCUUUGUAGAAGGCAACUUUCAUUUCCUAAAACAUCCUAGUUACUUUUGAAGCAGUAGACUUUUUAAGCAUGGAUAAAAAUAUAUAUGUAUUUAUAUGGAUGCUUUUGAUAUUGCCUUCUGAAAUUCAAUGAAGGGUAUAUGAAUUAAUCUUGAAUUUUAUUCAGUUA